AUGUCUAGUGGAGGCAUAGACGGAUUUGAUUGGCUCCAGACCUUCCUUCCAGCCGAUAGUCAACCCGACCACGACCCUAAUUCCAACAAUGAGGCUUAUCAAACGCAUCCGGCAUUCCACGAUGCGGAGGAGGUGGCUAGAGCGGCUGUUAUGCACCAGCAGGCACAGACAUCAUAUUCAUUUAUGAGGUCAACCCAUCCUGCGACGAAUUAUGCCUUGGGUCCCUCUCAGACAUACGCGCAAGCCUCAGGUGGACAGUAUGGAGGAAAUAAACACCAGCAAACCAGCAAUAUUCAAUUCAACCAUCCUAUUUCUGGCUACUCUGCAUAUCCAACAGAUCAGUCCCACAGUAUGACUCACCGGCCAAAUCCCUCUGUUCCGUCCCAACAGCACUCGACUCAUGCACAUCAGGAUGCAUAUUCCCGCGGCCAAGGUCGUACGGAGAACCAACCAACCUAUGGCACGGGCUGUGCCCACAUCACUAAACUCGUAUCAAGGCCACUCGGCACCUCCAAAUUCAAACCCCCAGAUGUUCACCCAACCGCACAUAGCACAAGGGACGACGGCGGAAUUUCAAAGAACACGGACGCCGGCUGCAUCGCAAAGUCCUUCCUACAGCCACUCUACAAUUUCAUCCCACAAUACUCAACGACCCUCUCAUUCCACUACAGCGCAAGGAACCCGACCAACACCCCCAGUUCAAAGAACACACUCAACGGUGGCAAGGCCACAAGCAUCGCAAAGACCAUAUCAAAGCCACUCUACGACCCCAGCCCAGAAUACCCAGCAACUAUCCGUUUUAGCUGCAGCGCAAAGACCUUGGCCGGGGCCUCCAGUUCAAAAGACACGUACAUCGGUGACAAGGCCCCAAGCAUCGCAGAGCCCAAAUCAAACUCCCACUCCUCGAUAGACACUGAGAUCUAUACCCCCUUGGUCUCGCCUAAGGGACUCAAAACUUCAGCAGCACGCAGCACACUUGAACCCCGCCAGUCGAUCGCACCAGCCACGGGCACUGGGGGGACUUCCAAUCCGUCAACACAGGGCCCAGCUACCAAUUUUGCCAGAUCAAACCCAACUCCGACCGGGCCUUUACUUGACAAUCAAGAUCAAGUGCCGUCAGCCGUGCCAACAGCGCCCGAUAGGGUCCACAGCCCUGAAAAAUCACACCCUGUCUCAACUCGCAGUCCUUCUGUCUCUUUUACUCCUGUCUCUGCCUCCGCCCCUCCGGCUCCCCCUGCACAGACAACUAUUGCCCCGCAUAAUUUGGACAAGGAUUGGAGUGGGGGAAAAGGGGGGAAUCAGGGAAAAGCAGCACCUAAUUCAUUCUACCAGGCAUCAAGCCAGCAGCUUCCGAUAUCCCAACCGAAUGGGCAGAGCACACCAGCGGUAUCCUCAGCCUUUGCGUCAUUCACUCCCCCUGCGGCCUCUGACUCGGGGCUUGCUUAUAACUCCUCGCAUAACUCGGGGCCUCGACGAGGUACCUUCUCUGACUCGUCCGUGGCACAACAGCCUGUUGCGGAGAAUACACAGUCGCAGGUUCACCCACUGCCGGGACAAUUCCACCAUCAAAAUAAGCGGUGGGUUCCGGCCACAGAGAAUUCGAAUGAUUACAUGCCACCCACAAAGAUACGACAGUUGGACAAUGGUAGAACUCAAACAAUGACUCCCCCGAACUACCCAUCAGCAGGUACUUCGGUACCAGGGUCCCAAGUUUCUAUCGAUUAUGCUCGGCCUCGAGGCCCUGGUAAAAUCCUUAAGAAUCGUGACGACCUAGUCCAGCCGAUAAGACAGAGCGAUGCACUGCCUAAGCACUCCUAUGAUCCCGCCACGAUCGCGCGGGAUGUAUUGAUUGCUGUGGGAAGACACCCUAGGGAGAAGCAUCUAAAUCAUCAUCUUGAAGCACUACGCCGUAAUUUUACCAGAAUCGACAACAAUGCAGACUUGGCUACGUUUCGCUGGGACUUGGUGGACGCCAAGCAGCCUGAAACCCAAGUCAACCGCAUGCCCCCGAUUCCUGCACCCUACAUGCCACCUCCUCACCCUGAACCACCGCAGGCAACUUGGCAAUCACUUUCACGUGACCCAGCUUCCACACCAAACCACGUGAUUACACGUGAUUACGCUCCGAUGCCGUCGCGUGACACACCGCCAAAUCGCCAAGGCGCAAUGCCAGAACGGAUCGACGCGCGCCCCCCUCCUGGCGGUUUGAGCCCUUGGGGUACCUUGCCUUUCAAACCCCCAACUUAUCAUACUUCUCAACACAUUUUUUCUUCAAACUUGCCGUCUGGACUUCCCAGGAUCGACCCCGUGCCUGCAUCACCGAAGUUGUCAUCCCAUCAAUCCGUCCCCUUCUCAAUCCCCCCUGCGCCGCAACCUCAACCUCAACCUCAACCUCAACCCCAACCCCAACCCCAACAGCGACGACCCUCGACCACGAACAGUGUAGCUCCGCCCAAACCCUCGCCUGCCAACAAACAAGCGACCCCCAAAUUUAUAGCAAAGCCUCAACCUCAAGAGCAGACGGUCAAGAGCCAGCCAGACUCUGGUCGGACUGUCAAAUCCCCAGAGGCAAGGCGUCUUCCCCAGCCGCAGGUUGUUAUUCCACUUUCACCGGCCAAGAUGCCCGCGAAGAAGAAACCCGGCCGACCUUUCAAGGACUCAGCGAACAGACCCGAUCGACCUCUCAAGAACCCAGCGAACAGUAUUGAAGUUGCGAUCCACCGUGACCAGCCAGUGCACUAUCAAAUCUUCCCAUGCAAAUGGGAGGGGUGCGCUGCCGAACUUCACAACCUUGACUCGGUUCGAGCCCAUCUCAUCAAAGUUCACAUCCCGCAUUCUCUUGUUUGCAAAUGGAAAGUCUGUGGCAACAAGACGCCAAUGGCUGCCGCCGACAUGUUUAUGCAUCUGGGGCGCGAGCACGUUUCUCAAAUGGCUUGGGAGUUUGGGGAUGGACCAACGGUGCCGGUAACUGCGGAAAACCAAACAAAUCACCCUUCCGUUCUGGGUGACCGCAGUGCUCGCAAAGGGACUAUGGUUUUGCCGGUGGAUGAGCUCCAGGUCAAGGCCUUUAGCAAGGCCCAUGGGAAAUCCACGGAGAAAACCAAGGCCCAAGCCCUACUCGAAGCGGGACGACACUGGAAGCAACAGGUUGGGCCUGAAAUGGAUUGGAGCGAUCGCCGUCUGUCGACGCCCGCUCGACAGAGCAAAGUUCAUUGUGGGGAGAUGGCAUUUGUUGAGGAGAAUUGA